AUGUCUCUUACUCCUACCCGUACCAUCUCGAUUCGGCCUGUCGACCUCAGCCUCGACGAAGACACAGCUCUUCUCAAAACGGCAUGUACACACCUCCAGUCCACUCUGGGCCACAAGGGCGCGAAGCUCGACGAGCGCGUCAGCUCGAUGCUGGACUAUCUGAGCGCAUGUGACAAUGAUACCAGCAAGAUCUGGGUCGCGGACGUGGAGGACUGUGGCGUCACUGACGCCGACUCGCCUGACCAAGUGUUGAGAUCUGUCGGUUGUCUGGGGAGGUAUUCGAGGGAUGGCAAGGAUGGUGGCUAUUCCGACGAGGACCAUGAUGGGCGGUAUGCCGUGCUUCAUGCGCUUUACGUUGAUGCCAAAGCCAAAGAAUGGGGAGUCGACAAGCAGCUCUAUGCCACGGCAAUGCACCCCGAUCCGACCAUCAAGUCAACGAGGACGUAUCUCGACAAGCUGUCUGAUGGACUGAAGGACCUGUGUGAAGAGGAUGAGUUCGUAUUGGAGUUCGAGUCCGGCCGGAAAGAAGGAUUCCUCGUCAAGCGUACGCCCCUGAAUGCGCGCAGGAGCCUGGCGAGACAGACAUUAGGACAGGCCCUCGCGUCGGCGUUAGCGUCGCAGACAAACGAUGACCCGAACAAGCUCAUCUCGACCACUUCGGUAUUCAGGGCGCUGCCAUCCAUCUCCGGUGACGCGUCCUUCAACAUCAGAAAGAUAUCCGCUGCUUCUCCGCCGACCAAGUCAGAUCUCAGGCUCCUGCGCGAGUCGCAGAUCCACUUUCUCCUAUCGCAAGAGGGCGUUCAUCCUGACACCGAAUUCAACGACGACAUCCUGACAUGCCUCAAGCUCGUCGCGGACGGAUCGGCGGAGAAGUGGACCGAUCCUGGACAGUCUGAUCACGAGAAACGCACGCUGUGGAUUGCCGAAAUCGAUGUUCAAGAUGAAGCCCUAGUGGGCGCAUCGACGAGGACAGAGUCGAUCGGCUGCAUCGGGAUGCUCACGCAGACCAGCCAAUGGGAUGACCCGAAGACGACGACAGAGUUUCACGCCCUCUACGUGCGCCCAGUGCAUCAGCAACGGGGCGUAGCAGCUGCACUCGGCACACGGGCACGGAGCGAGGCGGCUGUGGGCGAGCUACGCGCAUGUGUGGCCGAGAAUAACCCUCUAUUCGAGAGGCUGUUUGAGCUAUACCAAACCGGAGGGAUGGUUCCUGACUCAUCGCAGCCCUACACUGAUCAUUUAGGUCUGACGGGAGAAGGAUAUCGGGUCAGGAAUCUGGUCGGCGUGAAACGAGCCGCAACCUCAGCGUCGGCGGACGCGGUGCCGCAGACAGAGGAGCAUCGUGCGACAGGUGUUCUCGCUGAGGAUGGGAGACGGGUAUGA